UAUAUGAUAUAUUAUGGACAUCAAAUCUGACAGUUGAGUUGUUGUCAAAGUUUAAUAGACGGAAGCUUGGAAUGUAUUGUUAUUGCUCUACCAGUCGUACAGAUUUUCACAGUGUGUAGUCAUUGUGAGGAAAUGGCUAAAAAAGUAAUUCAAAAGCAGCUCAAAAUAACGUACUUAAUUGCGAGAUAAGAAAUCAGCGCUUUUUGACAACAAAACGGAGGAUGAGUUAUCUGAUAAAAGGAAAUCUAAGGCUUCUGAACUUUAUGUUUCCAGAGAGCUUAUGAUGAAUCAAAAUGUGCUCGUUAGCGAUAAACAAAAACAAUUUCAAAUAGGUUAGAUGAGGAAAUUCGAAAGAUUUCUUUAAUAAAAAAGCAGCUGACCAGGGUAAAAGUAAUCCCAGCUCAGCAUCUAAACACUUUCUCAAUUACUUAAACGAGCUGCAAGGAUACGAGCCUAAAGAUCAACAGGACAUGAAACUAUUACUGAUAUAAAGUUUAAAAUUGAAAAUAUUUUCGAAGGCAAACGUGUUGCCGCUGCAUAAAUAUAUUCAAAUAAAUCGAUAACACAUAUAUAUAUACUGUCUGAAUAUCGAUAACUGUAAUGAGCGGUUUAAAAAGAAAAGAAGAAGAAUACCGCGAAAGUUUUGUAGUAAUUUUAGUAUUUUAAAAGUAGAUUUGUUUUGCUAGCAAAAUGAAUCCACCGAGAGGUGGACGAGCUCCGUCAAGAUUUGUGCGUGGACGUGGUCGCGGUGGCGGUGCCUAUCGUCCCUAUUUCUACUUUCGUCGGAAUGGUCGCGUGAUUCCAGCUGCACAACGAGGAGGAAGCGAACCGGAUCAAGGAGCGGCACCUUCAGCGGCAAAUGCUCGGCCUAGAGGUUGGAAUAAUUCCCGGGGUAAACGAGUUUCGAAUACCCCACUUGAUUGCAGUUUCCUGCGUCCCGAAUACUAUGUAGCACCCGAGGAUGGAGCGCAGGUGCGCAGUCUGCUCGUGGACAACCCGCGAGCUUAUCCCGGCUGGCGUUUGUACUUUCCACGCGAGGAUUACGUGCCGCAAAGUGAACUCGCGGCACGCAUUAUUGCUGUCGAGGCUUUUUUCCAGAGGAAUCCCGAUGAUUAUACUGUGAAGAAGAUUCGUAAAUGUGGCUGCAUCAUAUUCCCGGCGAGCUGUCAUGAAAGUGAUGAGCAGCUGAAACUCGCUUGGCCCACAAUGUUAGAGGAUAUGCGCAACAAACCAUUGCGCACGCUCUCCAUCAUUGGUCUGGCGAUCCACACUGUGCUGGUCAAUGAUAGUCUCGAUGCGGCCGAAGAGGCGAAGACGGCAGCACAACCAGUGCUGACCACCAUCCGCAAGUUUGUGCCACCUAACGAGUAUACGUCCAAGCUGUAUGUGCGUCCCCAGGACUUUGCGCCCGUCGAGCUGAUGAGUAGCAUCGUCCACAGUCGCGUGGACACCUUGUUCGUUGUGCGCGGCAUUGUAAGCAGCGUGGGCGAGCCCAGUUACCAUUUGGCAUGGCAUGCCUUUCGCUGCACUCGCUGCCAGACGGAGCAGACGCUGCGUCAGCUGGGUAACUACGCGCCGCGUCCUUAUCACUGCCUGAAACCCCAAUGUACUGCCAAAGAUAACUUUCUGGCGCUGCGCAGUUCGCCGUAUACGCGUCUCUUAGCGCGCCAGAUCAUACGGCUGGAGGAGUCGAGUAUUUCGCUGCUGACCGACUACGAUAGCUCCCUGCCUGGGGAAUUGGAUAUUGAGUUGCGUCACGAUCUCAUCGAUGUGGUUCACGUUGGGCAGGAAAUCGUUGUGACCGGCGUAUUAAAGCUGCGCGAACUCUGCGACAACAAAGAAGGCGCAACGUCCACGACAGCUGGUAACGAUUUGCAAGUUUAUUUGCGUGCGUUUAACGUGCAGGAUGCGAGUCAAGUGCAGCGGGAGUUUAGUAAAUUUGACAUGGAGGCCAUAUCCAUGAUCAAUGCGGAGGCAAACAACUUUAAACUUUUGGUGCACUCGCUGGCACCCGAGGUGCAUGGUCAUGAAAUGGCGAAGGCCGCCUGUUUGCUGUCAUUGCUGGGCGGUUCGAGUGGCGGCGCCAUCAAUGUGCUGCUCGUUGGCGAUCCUGGCAUUGGUAAAUCCACUGUGCUCACCCAUUGCGCUCAGACAACGGAGCGUGGCGCCUACAUCAAUGGGAAACGUUGCGUGCAAUCCCUCAAGCAAUUGGGCCUCACAUUCAGUGGACGCAACAAACGAGUCAUGGACGCGGGAGCUCUGCUCAUGGCCAACAGCCGAGGUCACUGCAUUGUGGAUGGCGUGGACAAGUUGGCCAGCAAGCAAUCCCUGCUGCAGCAGUGCAUGCAAGGCGGGCAGCUUAAUUUGCCGCUGCCUGGUUGCUUUAGCUACUUCGAUGCGCAACCCUCCAUCGUUGCUUGCGCAAAUCCUCAGCGUGGACAAUACGAUCAGUCGCGAUAUCUAGUUCAAAACAUUCGCAUCACAGCUUCCUUGCUCAAGGAGUUCCAUCUGGUCUAUGUGCUGCUGGACACACCAUCAAGAGCUCGUGACAUUUCGCUUACGGAGCAUGUUCGUGCUCUUCACACUGGUGCUAAGAAGCGCGCUAGGAUUGCUGCACGCUUCGCCUUGAAGGCCAAACAGAAUGAAUCGGUCAGCGAAGAAACUAAGGCUGCCAAUGUCACCAAUUUGACCGAGGACAUCAAGGAUGACAUUUUAGAGCAGAAGUUGGAUUAUGAUUUAGAUAAGCGGCUGGAACACAAGCCGCUCAAGGCAGAGGAGCUGGAUCUGUUGCCUCCCAUUUUGAUGAAGAAAUUCAUUGCGUAUGCUCGUCAGAAUGCCAAGCCAGAACUCAGCUACGAUGCCGCUAAUGAGAUCAAAUGGUACUUUGAGGAUUUGUGUAACAACAGCGAAGCAGAGAACGAGAAAAGUCAAUUUGGUCUGGGGCAACUUCUAGGCUUGAUCAACCUGUCAGAGGCGCGUGCUCGUCUAGAUUUUUCCAGCGUUGUGAUGCCUGUGCACGUGCGUGAUGUGAUUGCUGUGGUCACCGAAAGCAUAACCCAAACACGACUUGGUGAUGGACAAGGGAAUGCGCCGAGCAGUUCCAGCAAGGGCUCGCAGCUGCAAAAUUUCGUAAAAAUGAUGCAAAUGCGGUCAGCAGCUUUGGGACGACGCAUCUUUGACUAUGAUGAGCUUAAAGAGAUUGGAACGAGAGCUGGCAUCAUGACCGGAAUUGCAAAGUUGGUGGAGAUUGCAAACAUGGGCGGCUAUUUACUCAAGAAGGGCGUAGACAUGUACGAAGUUGUGCCCGACUAAGCAAAUUGACUGGCAAAUAUUUGUCGUAAAAGUAAUGCAUUUACUUUUGUUGAGUUCUACAGUGCUUUCUAGUCAGACUUGUCGCUAAACAGUUCCAUAUUUAAUUGAAAUCAGCACCUUCGAUAGUCACUAGGUAAGUAUUUGCCAAUUGUCCGCUCGAACAGACAGCAUAAGUAAAUUUACUUUACUUUUUUUGCGCGAUUCGGUUGCGCCUGAAUACUGUCAAAAUAUUCAUUGAACGUCAAAAUACUUGAGUUUAAAUACCUGGGUAAAGCCUGAUCUAUUAAUAAUCAUCCACUCAUUCUUAAAGUAAUUAAUUUAUACACUUUAAAAUAUUCGUUUGUAAAAUGUAAGGUUUUUCAUCUUUCUAGUUAAUGAAGUAUUAUAUUAUGAAUAAUCUUUGUAUUAAGACCAACUCCAGGUGCUCAUUAGCACCAUCUAGCGGCAAUUAGUAGAACUAAACCGCUCUUUCAUAUUUUUGUUGCAUACUUUUGUGCGCUCUGAAAUUCAUAUGUACUAAAUUGUAUUGUAUUAAGAA